UUUGUCUCUUUGUGCCAGCUUCAGAUUUGGUCACUCAUCACUCAGCCAGUACUUUGGUUUUUUAAGAAACCACUACAUUAAAUACUUUGGUUUUUUGAGAAACCACCACAUUAGUACUAGCUUGCUUCUACACUAGUGUGUGUGUGAGAGAGAGAGAGAGAGAGAGAAUGGAGAAAGCUCUGACAAAAGUGGGUAGUCUAAAGGUUGGGAACUUGUGGAUUACAAAGAAAGCCAAGGAAGAGUUCUCUAACAUUAGUGAAGACAUCUCUACUUUCUCAAACACAGUUGAAGAAAAGGCAAAGUGGGUUUUCAACAAACUAAAAGGAAAGCCAUUGAAGAGUUUACCAGAUCUCCUUCGAGAGUACAACUUGCCGCCCGGCCUCUUUCCCCGGAACAUAACUUGUUAUGAAUUUGAUGAAUCGAAGUCCAAGCUGGUUGUGUACUUGCCUUCUGUAUGUGAGAUCAGCUUUAAGGACUCCGUUAUAAGAUAUGCUACUCGGGUGAAAGCAGUUUUGAUGAAGGGAAAGCUCACGAGUAUAGAGGGCAUGAAGACCAAGGUUCUUGUGUGGGUUAAAGUGACAAGUGUGGCAGUAGAGGGCUACAAGUCUGAUAAGGUUUGGUUUACAGCUGGUGUAAAGAAAUCAAGGCCUAAGGACGUUUAUGAAAUGCCCCGUGACGCUGUCAGAGUAGGAGAAUUCUGAAUUUAGACUUCAUAUAUUGUCAUUGGGGGUAGAUUACCUAAAUUUAUUGGUGGUAUUUUCAUAAAGUGGGUAUUAGUAACCUCUUUUCUCUCUUGACAAGACAAGAUUGGACGCACUGCUUUUAUGGUUUUCAGCAUUUAAAUCUCAUCAGUCUUAGGGGUAGCAUACGUAUAUUAUGCAGAUUUUAAUGAUUGUUAAUGCAACAUGCAACUUAUUUUGGGUGAAUGCCCAUCAAUUGAGCCAUGCUAUGAAUACCAAUUACCAAGAGUUGUUGGAUGGAUGAUGUAUCAAACUGAUGCAAGUUAUGGUCAUAACCGCUGCCUCUGAGUAAUGAAACUGCAUCAUCUUGGGCACUUGCAAUUUUUAAGCAA